AAAUUACUUUGCAAAUAGGAAUUUGUAUGCCAAUCUUCAUCUAAAAUAAUGUUCCAUUAUAUCCCAAUCUUCAUGGAGUUUUAUUAUUGCCAAUAGGAAUUAUUCUAGGUUUCCUCAUAUUUAAGUGAGGAGUUUGUAUUGUAUGUGGGUUGGAAAAUUGCUUGUACAAUAAUUUUCGGUUUGUGCGGUUUCUUGGCCAGUAAGAAAAAUUUCUUUUAAAUCAUCAAACAUCAAACUUUGUAGGGUUUUAGCUCUAAAUCAAAAUUUGCCAUGGCGGAAGAAUCAAGCACUAGCAAUGCGGCGGCGGCGGCGGCGGCAUCAUUGGGUCAUUCAGUGAUACCGAUAGUGAACAAACUCCAAGACAUAUUCGCACAGCUUGGAAGUCAAUCCACAAUUGAGCUGCCGCAGGUUGCUGUAGUAGGGAGUCAAAGUAGUGGGAAAUCAAGUGUGCUUGAGGCGCUCGUAGGUCGCGAUUUCUUGCCUAGAGGUUCUGAUAUAUGUACGAGGCGCCCUCUUGUUCUACAACUCCUUCAAACCAAGCCUAAUAAUCCUAAUGAUGCUGCUGGUGAUCAGGAAUGGGGAGAGUUCUUGCACCAUCCUGGCAAGCGUUUCUUUGAUUUCAAUGAAAUUCGUAGGGAGAUUCAGGCGGAGACAGAACGCGAAGUAGGAGCAAAUAAAGGUAUCUCAGACAAGCAGAUACGGUUGAAAAUUUUCUCACCAAAUGUCCUUGAUAUUACUCUAGUGGAUUUGCCUGGCAUAACAAAGGUGCCUGUUGGAGAUCAGCCUUCUGAUAUUGAAGCUCGGAUCAGAACAAUGAUAAUGUCAUAUAUUAAGCUCCCAAGCUGCUUAAUUUUGGCUGUAACACCGGCUAAUUCUGACUUAGCCAACUCGGAUGCGCUUCAGAUUGCUGGGAACGCUGACCCUGAUGGUUAUCGAACCAUUGGAGUCAUCACAAAGUUGGACAUCAUGGAUAGGGGUACUGAUGCUCGUAACUUUUUACUUGGAAAAGUGAUUCCCCUUCGCCUUGGUUAUGUUGGUGUAGUGAAUCGUUGUCAGGAGGAUAUUAUGACGAACCGGAGUAUUAAGGAUGCUCUUGUAGCUGAGGAGAAGUUCUUCCGCAGCCGUCCUGUAUAUAGUGAUCUUGCUGAUCGCUGUGGUGUACCUCAAUUGGCAAAAAAGUUGAACCAGAUUUUGGUGCAACACAUCAAAACACUUCUUCCAGGAUUGAAAUCACGCAUUAGUGCUGCACUUUUGUCUGUCGCAAAGGAGCAUGCUAGCUAUGGGGAGAUCACGGAGUCACAGGCUGGUAUGAGUGCUCUCCUUCUGAACAUUCUUUCCAAGUAUAGUGAAGCAUUCUCUUCCAUGAUAGAAGGAAAAAAUGAAGAAAUGUCAACUUCUGAGCUUUCUGGUGGAGCAAGAAUUCAUUACAUUUUUCAGAACAUAUUUGUGAAGAGUUUGGAGGAAGUUGAUCCUUGUGAAGAUUUAACCGAUGAUGACAUCCGAACUGCCAUUCAAAAUGCUACAGGUCCCAAAUCUGCUUUAUUUGUGCCAGAAGUCCCAUUUGAAGUUCUUAUCCGAAGGCAAAUAGCACGUCUAAUGGAACCGAGUUUUCAGUGUGCAAGAUUUAUAUAUGAUGAGCUGAUAAAAAUGAGCCAUCGUUGUAUGGUCAAUGAGUUGCAGCGGUUUCCAAUUUUGAGAAAGCGCAUGGAUGAGGUUAUAGGACAUUUUUUGCGUCAAGGACUGGAACCUUCAGAAAUAAUGAUUGGACACAUUAUUGACAUGGAGAUGGAUUACAUAAAUACUUCACAUCCAAAUUUUAUUGGUGGGAGUAAAGCUGUGGAGAUUGCAUUACAGCAGGUCAAGUCAUCUAGGAUUGCGGCACCUGUCCCCAGGCUGAAAGAAGGAGUAGAUUUAGAAAAAGCUCCAAACUCUGAAAGAAGUCUAAAAUCACGUGCUAUCCUAGCCAGAUCAGUUGGUGGUUUUGUCCCUGAUCAGGUUGUUCGGCCUGCUCAAGAAGUCGAGAAAACCACAACAUCAGGAUCAAAUGUUGGUUCAAGUUGGGGGAUAUCAUCAAUAUUUGGUGGCUCGGACAAUCGUCCAUCUGUGAAAGACAAUUUCAUUAGCAAGCCAUUCGGUGAUCCUGUACAGAGCAUGGAUCAUGAUUUCUCAAUGAUCUACUUGAGAGAGCCCCCAAGUGUCUUGAGGCCUUUGGAAACUCAUUCAGACCAGGAGACUAUUGAAAUUGCCGUCACAAAACUGUUAUUGAGGUCAUACUAUGACAUUGUCCGGAAGAAUAUUGAAGACUCAAUACCUAAAGCAAUCAUGCAUUUUCUGGUAAAUCAGACCAAAAGAGAUCUCCACAAUGUGUUUAUCGAGAAACUUUACAGAGACAACCUCCUCGAAGAAAUGUUGCAAGAACCUGAUGAGAUAGCCACAAAGAGAAAGCGUACACGAGAGACACUUCGUGUUCUUCAGCAAGCUUCCAAGACAUUGGAGGAGUUACCACUUGAUACUGAGACAGUUGAAAGGGGCUACAGCUUGGGUACUGAUCAAACGGGCCUUCCAAGGAUUCACGGGCUUCCAACAUCAUCAAUGUACAAUACAAGCAGUGGCUCAACUGAUUCAUACACCACUUCUCCCAACUCUAGAUCGCGCUAUGCAUCCCAUUCAGGUGAGCUACGGUUACCAAUGUAUGGUGGUGCAGAUUCUAACGGCGGUGGGCAUAAUUUUGGCCUUUAUCGUCAGUAGGUGUAUAGAAGAUUCGAGAAAUGCAGGGGGUGACCAUUCGUGAGAGUACUCAUUUGAUCUCUCCGCCAUCAUCGCAAGCCUCUUUGCUUCUGGUGCAGUGGAGAGCUACUAUUCUUUGUGAUGUUUGCUAAGCUGACCACUAUUAGCUCACCGACACAUUUUCUAUUUCCUUAGUUAACUAUAAACAAUUGUUUGAGAAAGCUAUACAAAAAAAUAGAUAGGGAGUUUUCUUGUUCAUAGGAUGAGGCUAGUUUUGUUACCUUUUGGUAUGAUAAUUGGCAAGUGUAUUUAGCCAUCAAUUUUUGUGUUCAAUCCUUCAUUUGCUUUCACUUUUAUCAACGCGAUUAUAGGAAGUAUCAUCACUUGUGUAUAGUAUGCCUUUAUUUUGGGAAAUGUUUUGUAACUUUCUGCACAAUGAUAUUCCUCUUCA